GUGACUCACUGCCUCGGCUGCCGUGUUCACCUCUCUCCAUAUGCGGCUUCAUCACAUCUCCCCGAAGAAUUUUUCAAACCUUCUUCAAAUUCUUCGCAUAGUCCACUGUUUUCGCCACUAAUCCUUCGAUUUCGACGUUGUUUACAGUAGAAAUUUGAAGAUUCUUGUGUUGAUUUCGCCAUUUUUCUCUCCUGAUUUCGUUUGUUUAGUUUAGUUUUGUGUUGUUCUCUCUUUGUUCGAUUCGAUAUGAUGAGCCAUGGAGAUCAGGAGGAAGAAGCGGACCUUCACUCAUCUCGUGACGAAAUGGAGAGUUUGGUUCUUGAUGAUCCUCCUGACGAGCAAUCUCAUGGUAGGAACGGUCAAUUGAGUCGGCCGGUGACGAUUAACUAUGAUCCCUUGCUUUCAUCGUCGCCAUCUUAUGUGGACCGUCAAAGCCCUGAUUCACCUUUCGAUUCCUUUCUUGAACCUCCUUCUUAUGCAGAGGCCAUUUUCACUUCUUUUGAUUCGUCCUCUAAUGGUCGCGAUGGUAGCCCUGAUUUCUCUUCCACGCCGAACGCUUUGAGCUCAGAGUUCUUGAGUAUUUCGGUUUCGGAUCCGCAGAGAAUGGAUGAGCUAAACAAUUCGUUGGUCCCUGGUGGAAGUGGUUACUACACGUAUCUGAUUACGACGAGAACUAAUCUGCCCGAGUACGGAGGACCUGGAUCCGAAUUCGGUGUUCGAAGGCGGUUCAAGGAUGUUGUAGCAUUGUCUGAUCGAUUACUCGAAGCAUACCGUGGAUUUUUCAUACCGAUGAGGCCGGAUAAGAACGUGGUGGAGAGCCAAAUGAUGCAAAAGCAGGAGUUUGUGGAGCAAAGGAGGAUUGCAUUAGAGAAGUAUUUGAGGAAAUUGGCAUUGCAUCCAGUAAUCCGGAAAAGUGAGGAGUUGAGAAUGUUUUUGGAGGCAAAGGGUUCAUUGCCAUUAGUUAGAAACACUGAUGUAGCUUCAAGGAUGCUUGAUGGAGCGGUGAAGCUGCCGAGACAACUAUUUGGGGAACCAGCAGCGGCUGUAGAUUUGCAGGAGGUGGCAAAACCCGCAAAAGGAGGCAGAGAUUUGUUGAGAAUCUUUAAGGAGUUGAAGCAAUCAAUGGCAAACGAUUGGGUUGGGGCAAAGCCGAUGGUUGUGGAAGAAGAUAAGGAGUUUUUGGAGAAGAAAGCGAAAUUAAUGGACAUUGAACAGCAACUUAGCGAUGUCUCCCAACAGGCUGAAUCACUCGUGAAAGCUCAGCAAGACAUUGGUGAGACAAUGGGGGAACUGGGAUUAGCAUUUGUAAAGCUUUCCAAGUUUGAGACGGAUGAAGCUAUUGUCGAGGCUCAAAGAGUACGAGCUGCUGACAUGAAGAAUCUGGCCACUGCUGCUGUUAAAGCCAGCAGAUUGUAUAGAGAACUAAACUCACAAACAGUGAAGCACUUGGAUAAGCUUCACGAUUAUCUUGGAGUUAUGUUAGCUGUCAAUGGUGCAUUUUCUGACCGAGCAAGCGCUCUACUGACAGUUCAGACCCUUUCAUCAGAUUUAUCUUCCUUGCAUACAAGGAUUGAGAAGCUUGAGGUUGCUUCAUCCAAGAUAUUUGGUGGAGACAGAUCCAGGUUGCGGAAAAUUGAAGAGUUGAAAGAUACUGUGCACGUCACAGAAGAUGCUAAGACUCGUGCAGUAAGAGAAUAUGACCGGAUCAAGGAAAACAAUAGAAGUGAGCUCGAGAGGCUCGAUAGGGAGAUGCAAGAAGACUUUACACAGAUGUUGAGAGGUUUUGUCCUUAAUCAGGUGGGAUAUGCAGAGAAAAUGGCAACUGUUUGGAAGAAUCUUGCAGAAGAAACUAGAGACUACCAGAAACAGAAAGAUCACAGCUGAAAAUUUUGGUUGUAGUUUUUACAAGAAUGUAUACAAAACACACCUUUUGAUUAAUGAGGAGUUUCUUGUAGUCUUAGCGAGCGGAUCGGUGUACGUGUUCAUGAUGGUCUUGUAAACUCUUUCGUCGAGCGCUUUAUUUACACGAUAUGUAGAAGAAUUUAUUCUCAAA